AUGGCCAUGUCUCAGCGCGGUCAUGUUCCUGCAUUGGACCGAAAGGCGCGUGACCUUGAGCCUCAUUCCUCGCAAAGGUCUGGAGAUAUAGUCGAGGGACUUCGCAGCGGCGUUGCUACUCACGACUUCAUCUCUCCAACGGACCCAGAGAUCAAGCAGGAGUCUCCAGAGGAUCUUGAGCAGACCCAAGUUGGUGAGUUCGAGGACGAGAUAAAGACAACCUUCAAAGACAAAUUCGAGGGCCAGGACGACGAAUACGAUAGUGACGACGAGCACCAUCUUUGCUCUCUGCUUCUCUACUUCAUCUCCAAGAUUCUGUUAAACCACCUCAGAAACGACCCUGAAGAACCUUCUAUGGAUCGCUUCGCUGAGCAGUUCUUUGGUCGUCAGGACCAGUCUUCGCGCGCUCGAUUGCCCCAGGACCCCAGCUUCAUGGAGACAUUUGCCAAGAACCUGGCGAAAACUGCUGCAAAGUCUGCUGCGAAACACGCCAUGGGUCAGACCUCCGAGAAGCGUUCGCGCGAUGGCGUUCGAAGCAGUAACCAGAUCAACCCGGAAGACUUUCGCGGGGUGGCCGAGUUUGUGCUCGGUAUGCUCGGCAGCAAGAGUGAGCAGCCCAGGAGAGACGAUGAUAGGAAGAAGGACAAGAAGAGGAAGAGAGAUAAGGACAAGGACAGGAGCAGAGAUGUUCCCAGGAGUAGGGACGUGGGAGAUGAUGGGGAUAAAUACGGAUCGGAUAAAGAGCGACGCAAGAGGAGACGUCACCGCGUAACCUUUGCAGAGCCCUACUACGACCCCCGUCAAGAAGAGCAAGAAGCCUACUUUCAACCUCCUUAUGAGCCCCGCCACCGCGACUACAACGAGCCCGUUGACGAAGACAAAGAAGAGCGCAGACGGCGCCGUCGCCAACGCCGGUACAGGCGAGAUCUAGACCUCAAGACGCUCAAGACGGAACUCGAGGCCAUGUCAAGCACCAUCAUCUCUCUCAACGCACGAGGCGCUCAGCACCGCGACUGCGAGUUCUACGACCGCUUUGUGCGAAAGGGCGGGCGGUUGCAGGAUGUCAUCGGGAGUACGCUCGGACAGAUCAGGGGGCUGCAGGAGGGCGAUGAUGAGGCGGAGGGGAGGAGACGGAGGAGGGAUAAGAGGCGAGAGAAGCGAUAG